AUGACUUGUACGUUUGGCGACUGUCGACAACAUCAGACAAAUGACCAGGGCCGCAUCUGUACACAAAGGCGUAGAAAGUAUAUAUCUUUCUUCAUUAAUUUGGAAGAACUUCAGGAUUUCAACCUCACUGCAUUGUUAGAAGACAAUAUCGUGAGUGCAGACCUCCAGACCUAUCUCAAUGCAAUUACCGAAUUAGAACAGACUGCACAAGAGAUCAACAAUUCUGCCUCCGAUUUCUUUACCGUGAAUGUCAACAAUGUCACUUACAACAUCGAUCCCAGCACCGUUGCUCUUUCUGCUGUGAUCACGUGUUCAAAUGGCUCUAUCGCAAACGACGGCGCCUGUAUUCAGUGUCCAGCAGGCACAAGUGAAGAAAACGGAUGGUGUGUUUACUGUGAACUAGGGACAUACCAGAACCAGGAAGCACAGACUGAGUGUUUUGCAUGUCCAACUGGUUAUACCACGCAGUUUGUGGGAAUGAUUGACGUCGCCAACUGCUCUGUUGAAGAAACAACAACGGCCAGUACGACAGAUUCAGCAACGGCGACAUCGACACCUGCUUCUGCGACUACAACGACAACAUCAACCUCAACGACUACAACAACACCUAACCCCACAACUACAACAACAACUGCUACACCCACGACUAAAUCUUCAACUGCUACACCUACAACUACAACAACUGCUACACCUACAACUACAACAACUGCUACACCUACAACUACAACAAUUGCUAUACCUACAACUACAACAACUGCUACACCUACAACUACAACAACUGCUACACCUACAACUACAACAACUGCUACACCUACAACUACAACAACUGCUAUACCUACGACUACAACCACAACUGCUGCAUCCACGACUAAAUCUCCAACUGCUGCACCCACCACUACAACCACAACUGCUAUACCCACGACUACAACCACAACUGCUGCAUCCACGACUAAAUCUUCAACUGCUAUACCCACGACUACAACCACAACUGCUAUACCCACGACUACAACCACAACUGCUGCACCCACGACUACAACUACAACUGCUAUACCCACGACUACAACCACAACUGCUAUACCCACGACUACAACCACAACUGCUGCACCCACGACUACAACCACAACUGCUGCACCCACCACUACAACAACAACUGCUGCACCCACGACUUCAACUACAACUGCUGCACCCACCACUACAACAACAACUGCUGCACCCACGACUACAACCACAACUGCUGCACCCACGACUACAACCACAACUGCUAUACCCACGACUACAACCACAACUGCUAUACCCACGACUACAACCACAACUGCUGCACCCACGACUACAACCACAACUGCUAUACCCACGACUACAACCACAAAUGACGCACACGGGUCACCAACUACAAAGGGUACUACAACACUUGAAAAGACAAAGAGUGGUUCCAGAAAUAAUGAGAAAGGACCACCUAUGACGGAACUAGGCAUUGCAAUAUCAGCCGGGGGCAUUGCUCUAAUAGCAUUAGCUGUUGCUGUAGUUGCGUACUUCAAAAUUCGUACAAAUACCAGGUAUCGGUUUAGAGAGCAGUAUGAAGUCCAGGGGAGCUCAGCCACCUUCAAUAUGGUACCACCGGCAUUUCGUUAGGAGUCCCUCCCAGUGUUUGCUGAAUAUGCGACGAUACCAAGUCAUCUUCCAUCAUCAACAUCAUUUAAUAUGAAAGAAUAGAUGUGACAUUUACAAAACAUCUCGUCUUAUGAGUAUCGUUGAUCUCGUUGAACAAAAAGCUUAUCUGACUCUUUUUAUUUUAGGUAUUUGACAAGGCAUUUUUUACGAUAUUUUUAGUUUCUACCGACGGACGACAAAUUAAUUUUUAUAAUGUCAGUUAGGUAUGCCUGAAAUACUAUGACAGGUCACUAUUCAACGAUAUAUCGUCGUGAUAACGAGGUAUAAUUCGAUACUAGAGGAUAAUGAUUCCCUAUCCCUAACACACAAAUAUAUUUGUGUUGUUCUUGUUUUCCUCCUAUCCAGGCCGAAGUAUCAGCAAUGAUAUUGUGAAAAAAAAAUACCCAGAUGCGGACUGUUUUGAUUGUAAAUUUACCCCUGUAAUAUAACAUUAUAGGCUUCCUGACAUAAAACGUCACCCAACAUAUGUUAUAGUUCGUACUUACAGUCCAAAAACUGUUUAUAUACGUACAGACCAACAACUGUUUCAUGUGUUGUAUAUACCUACAGUCCAACUACUGAUCCUGUGUUGAAUAGACGUACAGUACAACAACUGUUCUCUGUGUUGUAUAAACGUAAAGUCCAACUACUUUUCCCUGUGUUGUAUAUAUGUAUAGUCAAACUAUUAAUUCCUGUGUAUUUUACGUACAGUCCAACAACUGUUCCUUGUGUUGUAUAAACAUACAGUCCAGCUACUGUUUCCUGUGUUGUAUAUGCGUACAGACCAACAACUGUUCCCUGUGUUGUAUAUACGUACAGUCCAACUACUGUUUCCUGUGUUGUAUAUACGUACAGUCCAACUACUGUUCCUUGUGAUGUAAUAAUGUACAGUCCAACAACUGUUCCCAGUGUAAUAUAUAUACGUACAGAACAACAACUGUUUCCUGUGUUGUAUAUACGUACAGUACAACAAAUGUUCUCUUUGGUGUAUAUACGUACAGUACAACUGUUCUCUUUGGUGUAUAUACGUACAGUCAAAUAACUUUUUCCUAGUAUGUACAUAUGUACAGUCCAACUGAUCCUGUGUUGUAUAAACAUGCAUUAUUAAAUCCGUUUAAAUGUAUUUACUAACAUACCACACUUUAAUUUAUUUUAUUCUUAAAACAGAAAUGAUGAAACAUUGCUAUUUACGUAAGGCUUUCUUCUAAAAUAUUUUUUUUAAUAAACGUAUACAUUUUGAUUAUCGAUUUGCGUGAAAGAAAACUGAAACACAAUGUAAAAUAAACAAUUGGAGUCGCUGGUUGUUAUUAUUUACAUCAUUUAUUAAUUACCCAAGUGAUCAUUGUAACAAUAGCAAGCUUUCAUAUCAUGAUAUCGUAUUGCCAAGUUAUACAAUUAUGAUAUUUGUUUUAUUUUAAACAACAUCCUAUAAUCAUUUUUGAUGUUGUAUACUUUACUAUUUUACAACAAUGGUGCAAACAAUUAAAUGCAGGUGUCACCAAAUCAAAUAGAUCGACCACACUCGAGGAAAAAUACGUUUGAUAUCCAGGCAAUACUUUGCCAUCAUCUUACUUUAAGUGACAGACAUACAUGAUAUUUUUGUAUAAAGCACAUUUGCCUAUCAUAUUAGUUGUUAACUGAUAGCCUCAUUAUCAUUUAACGCUUGUUGAAAAGAAACGAUCACAUAAUAUCAAAGCAAAAUACAAAAGAAAAUGUAGGCCAGAUUAAAUAUUUGAGAAAAUGAAUCAAGAUGGAAACAUUGAAACUAUUAGAAUUUCAAAAUUAAAGUGUAUCAAUAUGUCUAUAUACAGACAAAAUUAUCACAUUUAGCAUGACUGAGCUGAUGCCAACAAUAUGAAAGUAUAUACAAUGGAUAUAAGCCGUAACAUAAGAAAUAUCUUGUAGAAGGAAGGGACAUAAUCCAUCAGUAUAACAUGAAUAUGAUUCUAUUUACCGCAUAAUUUGAACCAAUGUCUCAUGAAAAUAAUACAUACAAAACCAUAAAAUACAUUAUAACAUUCAUUAUUUUCAUGAUUUAUGAUAGUGUACACCUUUAAUUAUUUUUUUUUUAAUUAUUAUUAUUAUUUUCUGGUAAUAUUCGUAAUGUAGUUGUAGAAAAUGCAUUAACAUAUUGCAUAUUCCCGUCUCCACUAUGCCAGUCACAAAUAUGCCAUUAAUAUGAUAACAGAGGUGUUAUAUAAACCAAAGCAAAAUUAAAAUGAACUACAAGUAGUUAUUUAAAUGAGGACUAUUAUUAUAGUUAGCCGAUCUGUUUUACUGGGCAUAUAUUUUCCAAAACAAAAUGUAUAUGUUUUAAUUUGCGCGAAUAUUAUUAUCUAAUAUGUGUUUAUUUCCUGAAUCACGAUGUUCACUGUGUACGAGUAUUGUAAAUAAAUAUAUUUUGGUGUACGUGUAA